AUGCUAGCUUUCAUUUUCCUGGCUGUGAGGUUAAGCUCAGGAAAUGAAUCCUCUUUCCCAACAAGUGAUUGUGCACAUUUAGUGCAGCAGUGCUUGAUUGACACAAAUGGCUGUGAGAAGACAUGGAGAUCAAUGGAAGACGCCUGCAUUACUCCAGGUGAUUCCUGCAAGAUAAAUAAUUCAUUGCAUUGUAACCUGAGUAUACAGUCUUUGGUGGAAAAAAAUUUCCAAUUUAAAGAGUGUCUUUGUAUGGAUAACCUCCACUGUACAGCAAACAAACUUUUUGGGAAAAAGUGCACCAAUAAGACAGAUAACAUGAAAAAGGACAAUAAAUAUAAAUGGAAUCUAACUACUCCUUUAUACCAUGGAUCCAAACAGAUGCAGUCAUGUUUAGAAGUGACAGAGGCGUGUGUAGGGGAUGUGGUUUGUAAUGCACAGUUGGCCCUUUACCUUAAAGCUUGCUCAGUAAAUGGAAAUCUGUGUGAUGUGAAACACUGCCAAGCAGCCAUACGGUUCUUCUAUCAAAAUAUGCCUUUUAACACUGCCCAGAUGUUGGCUUUUUGUGACUGUGCUCAAUCUGAUAUACCCUGUCAGCAAUCCAAAGAAACUCUUCACAGCAAGCCAUGUGCACUGAACGUAGUUCCACCCCCAACUUGCCUCAGCGUAAUUCGCACUUGCCGAAAUGAUGAAUUAUGCAGGACACACUACCGAACAUUCCAGACAGAAUGCUGGCCCCAUGUGACUGGCAAGUGCCAGGAAGAUGAGGCCUGCAUUAGCAUGUUAGGCCAGCAAGACCUUACUUGUUCUGGGAGUGACAGUUGCAGGGCUGCCUACCUAGGGACCUUCGGGACGAUCCUUCAAGUGCCAUGUGCUUGCAGCAGCAUUACACAGGAUGAAGAACCCUUGUGCCUGACCUUCCAGCACAUGCUUCACAGAAAAUCAUGUUUCAAUUACCCAACUCCUAAUGUCAAAGAUAUUUCCUCAUAUGAAAGAAAGAAUUCAAAAGAAUUUACUCUGACUGGAUUCAAUUCUCCCUUCAAUGGAGAACUAAUCUAUGUUGUUGUGUGCAUGGUAGUUACCUGUGGAAUUCUUUUCUUGGUGAUGCUCAGGUUAAGGAUACCAAGUAAAAAACGAGAUCCCUCACCCAUCGAAAUAGCUGGAGGUGUCAUCAUUCAGUGA